AUGGAUGACUCAGAAGUUGCGCCACAUUUGGCGAAGAUCAGUAGCACGCCUCGUACAACAGCUCAAUCUGACGUGAUCUGCUGGUACAGAACAGAUGCAGCUGUAGUGGCUGGGUAUCGAGUGGAAUUGUCUGUAGAUUCUAUGGUCUGCUGGUACAGAACAGAUGCAGCUGUAGUGGCUGGGUAUCGAGUGGAAUUGUCUGUAGAUUCUAUGGGUUGA